UUCUUUCUCUAGAUUCUCCACUCUUGACUUCUAUAUCUUCCGCUUUUCCUACCUACCCGAUCAGAUCUGUAAAAACCAGUGAAAAAAAAACCUCCAGUGAAUCACCCAUGACGCCUGGCUCAGGAGGAUCGAGUGUAGUGGUGCCUCGGAACUUCAGAUUGCUGGAGGAGCUUGAACGUGGAGAAAAAGGUAUUGGAGAUGGUACUGUGAGCUAUGGAAUGGAUGAUGGAGAUGAUAUUUACAUGCGCUCUUGGACUGGCACCAUUAUUGGUCCUCAUAAUACCGUACACGAGGGUCGAAUUUAUCAGCUGAAGCUGUUUUGUGAUAAAGAUUAUCCCGAGAAGCCACCAAGUGUCCGUUUUCAUUCAAGGAUCAACAUGACUUGUGUUAACCAUGAAACCGGAGUGGUGGAACCAAAGAAGUUUGGACUUGUUGCAAAUUGGCAGAGGGAGUAUACAAUGGAGGAUAUAUUGACACAACUGAAGAAGGAGAUGGCUUCCCCGCAUAACCGGAAGGGUGCCCAACCACCCGAGGGUACCUACUUCUAGCUCUCGAGAUCGUAUUAGAUAUUAUCCUGGAUCGAAUUGCAUCUUUGGCAUCAUCUUUUUAAUCCUCUUUGUCAAAACUCUGCUGAACGGCUUCCAUUUGAUUGAUAGGAUCCUAAUGAAUCAGUGUGUCAAAUAUUUAAGAAAAACACUUGAUUUAUUUUUAA